AUGGAACCAACCAAAUCAGAACUAAAAGUAAGAACUAAAACAGAACUGGUUAAAAAGAAAAAACCACUCACCAUUUUACCCACUAACCAACUUUUACAACAGGUCUGGGAUUACAUCCUAACCCGACCCAACAAAAAAGCAAUAAGUUUUGAUUAUCAGUUAGAGCAUCAAGCAACUGAUCAAGUCAAAAAGGAACUGAAUUUACCAGUUAAUGUUGAACUGGCUCCUCAUACUUUGCGAAGAUGUUUUGCUACCUAUAACGCCAUUAGUGGCAUGCCCUUACCUGUUUUACAAAAAGUAUUAGGACAUAGUAAAAUUUCUACUACUGCCCUUUAUAUCAAAGAUUCUGAUUUAAGUAAUUUGGUGAAAUUCCGUCCUGUCUAA